AUUUUCCACUAAAUCAUUUUGCCUCCCUUUGUUCGCCGCCUUACAGACAUUACCGGAUUCAAUUUUCGCCCAAUUGUCCUAGCGUGAAUGCGGCACGGGAUGUUCUAUAGGCCUGUUAUAGAAUGCGAGAGGUCAAACCGGUUAGGUGGGUCACUUGUGUGGGCCGGAAUAAAAAAUGACCACAGGAACGAACUCUCUCACUUUGCGGAGUAAAAAGUCUUCUCUAAGACGACCUGAGACUCAAACAGGUUGCGGGUGGGAGUGACCUCUGUCCCGUGCGGAAUUGAAGGACACAGGGGAGAUGACCUUGAAAGGCAAAAGUGUCGACAUGCCACAGCAGAGGCUCCGUCGUCUGACGUCAGUGUUCCUGGUGUGUGUCGUCAUGACUGUGUAUAACGUCAUCACUAUGGACGGUCCUUACGUCAUCACUAUCAGGUUACCUCAGCUCUACCCUUGGGCCAACCUCUCUAUGUGCGCACCGCGCAUGCUCAUCAGACAGACUACCAACACCACUGCAGUAACGGACCUGCUGGACGUGGAUGAGACCCUGCCGGGCUUCCCUAAGGAGAUCGAUGACAUAAUGUAUAACGGCACCCGGCUCCAGGCGCCGCCGCGGGAGAUCCUGUCCGUGCUGGACUCCAUCGACAGGACGUGGAAGUUUAGGCCUGAUGCAGCGGAGGAACUCAGAUCGGCGCUGGAGUCUAACCUCAGCACCUCCCGAAUGUACAUCGUGACGCAGAACAACACGUCCAAAGACACGCCACUGACUCUGGCAGCAGAGAGGCAUGUGGAGUACAAGCUGUCUGCUGUGGUGGCAGGGAGGCAGCCUGUGAGCUCGCCGUUUUCCUACAAACAGUAUAAAACCUGUAACAUCGUGGGUAGCAGUGGACUACUCAGGGGCAGCAGGUGUGGGCGGGAGAUUAACAGCGGGGAGUUCAUCAUCAGGUUCAAUAUGCCGCCUAUGGCAGACGCCUUCAAAGAAGACAUCGGCAUACGGACACAUUUCGUCACCUGCAACUCACUCACGGUGCAUGAAGAAUAUCAAGACAUCCGCAGCAUGCACUGGCUGCGGAUCUUCCGUAACCACAUCAUCAGGAACAAGUACGGCAGGAGCAUGAUCUUCACUAUGCCGUUCAACGUGCGAUGGAACAUACGCAGGCUCAUCUGGUUCCAGACCGCCGUGCCCAAAGCGAGAGUGCCAAACAGGGUCGUCUUCAACCAUCCUCAUCACAAGAUCGCUGCAGAAAAGUUCUGGACCGAUAGGGGGCUUGAUGAGAAGAGCUUCUCCUCUGGUUUCUAUAUGAUCAGUUCCGCCCUCUCCUUCUGUGAGAAGAUCACAGUGUACGGCUUCUGGCCUUUUAACAUGGACAGGAACGGAAAACCGCUUAGCUACCACUACUCCCAGACGGGGCCGAAAGACGGCGGAGUAAACAACACGUGGCACCGUAUGGACCGGGAGUUCGUGAAGCUGGUGGAGCUGUACAAGGAUGGGGUCAUCAAACUGGUCACGUCACCGUGUGUGGAACACAGGAAUACCUCAGGCGUUAGAUAG